ACUCGUAGAGAAAACAACACCAGAAAAAGUUUUUCUGAAAAACCUUCACAAUGAAUAACGUUAAUAUUAAUGUCCAGUGCGAGUGCUACCACCGAAGGGGACUCUUCUACUACGCCAAUCCCUUGGCCUGGGGACGUCCUUGCCGUCGCUGCCGCAGGAUGAUGGCCAGGGGCAUUGUGGUUGUGCCACAGGUGGCCACGCCUGUUCAAACCUCUACGACUACAGUGAUGCCUGCCCAGUGUGCCACCAACUGGCAGAUGCAGCAGCAGCAGAUGCAGCAACCUAUGAAUCAGCAGAUGCAGCAGCAGCCCAUGCCCAUGCCCAUGCAGAUGCAGCAGCCUCAGGUGAUGUCCGCCUUGCCACCAAAGUACGAUCAGGUGGUGGCAGCCAACUAAUCUUGGAAAAGUUGCAGAUCUUUUGUACAAUUUAUAGAAAGCCAAUAAAAGCUCAUUGAUGAACAUUGCAAAAUCUA